CUCUCCAGACUCAUAUUUUACUGUCUCGCGCCUUCGUAAAACUGGAUUUGCGUUCGUCCAUAUCGUCGGACAUGGAUGUCGACACAGACCCUUCACAAAUCAGCGGCCCUCGUUCGUCCACCCAAAGUCAACGCCAUCACCAUCACCAUCAUCAUCAUCAUCAUCACCACCAUCACCAGGAUCGCAGCGACCAUCACUUGGACGAUCCAUCUGCGCAACAUCAGCCGCAGCGGCACGCGCAAGAGCAACCAGACAGGCACGCCCAACCCUCCCCUAGCAAUUCCCAAGUCCGAACCACUUCCGAGCCUCUUCCGAGCCAAUCCUCCACCCCGCUCCUCCCGAUGCGUCAGCUAACCCAGGACCUUCAGCAGCAGUUAGAACUCUUAGAAUUAGAAGAAAAGCGGCUGCAGAACGCCGUCCGGCAUCUUAUACGCUCUAACGAGGAGCUCCAAGCCGCGGACAUCGCAGAGCCGGAUCCGGUGUACCGGGAAGCGCUGCUGGAGAACCAAGUGGUCGUUCAAAGCCUCAGAGAGAAGAUCGCCCUGGUGCAGGCGGAAAUUGCGGAGAUGCAGGGACGGGGAGGGGUCGAGAGGAGGAGUGGAGGAGAGGUUGAUGCAGUGGGUGGUGGUGGGGCUGAGGGUGGUGCUUCUGAUUCUGGAGCAUUAGCAGCACCAGCAGCACCAGCAGCACCAGCAGCACCACCAGCAGCAGCAGAAGCAGCAGCAGCAGAAGCAGCAGCAUCAGCAGAAGCAGCAGCAGCAGCAGAAGCAGCAGAAGCAGCAAGUACACUUAGAGCAGAGCCAGGGGACGGUUGGCUGUGAUUCUGCUGUACCGGGAAACGCUGCUGGAAAAUUACGUGGUCAUGCCUCGCUGAAGAAGGGAGAAGAUCGCCCUGCUCCACGCGGAGAUCGCAGAGAUCAAGAGAAAGGGAAGGGGUGGUAAGGGCGGACGGAGAUGAGGAGGGGAGUGUAGGGUGGGGUCGGACAAGGAGCAAAGAUACAGCAGCAGCGGCAAGUACACCCGGUACAAAGUCAGGGGAUUGUUUGACUGAUGCUGGAAUGAUUCUAAAUGUGCAGUGUUUUCUUUCGUUUCCUGUAUGGCGUGUCCAGUGUACCGUAGGAUAGGGUUUAGAGCUGUACUGCCAUGUAUUGUACUCACGGGUGUCUGUUAUCAAUGGUUUUCGAACUGU